UUUUUUUUACAGUUCUGGUUGCGUUCUCGUGAUUUGAUGGGAAUAAGGUACGCAAUAAAUUAUAUUUAUUCUCGAAUAUUUUAAGAACGUGAGGAAUAAUUGCAGUUUAAAACGAACAAGGAGUCAACCGAGGCAAUUCUCUAAAGAAAUAUAACCUUAAACGUUUUCUUGAAGCAUAAUUAUACCUUCCUUUGUGAAUAUAUUCACAAUUUCAGUUUAUUUUCGUAUUGAAUACAUUAAAACAAUGUAAAAAGCAGUACGCAUAGUUAAGGAAAUAUAUUUAUAAUUAUAAUUUAUUAGUUUGUGCUUAUCUAUUUAAAUAAGAGAUUCAAUUGAAAUAAUGGAAGCACAUGAGCAAACGAAAAAGCAGAAUUUGACUGCAAGUAACAAUUAUUUUGAUGAGAAUGAAAUUGAGUUUGAACGUGUAACUCAGUUAUUUAAUAAGCGUUUCACACUCGUGAAUAAUGAAUUAUAUUCACUACCCAAAUUAAAUAGUAUUUUCAAAUAUCCUUUAUGGUCUGUCCCCGAAUUACAAGAAUUGAAGAAAGAAUUGAAUGGCGUUAAGAAUUGUUUGAAUAACUAUGAUCUAGAUAAAUGGCAAUUACAUACAAAACUAAGAAACAGUGCAAAAAAUGUUAUCCCACGUCUAAAAAGCAAUAUUCAACCAGAACUGUUAACUCAAGCAUGGUGUAAAUUCCAUGAGAUAGUUUCGUCCUUUCCUUUAAUACCAUUAGAUUAUAUAUGGAGAAACGAUAACUACUUUAAAUCUAUUCACCUAUGUGAAGCUCCUGGAGCUUUUGUUACAUCUUUAAAUCAUUGGUUGCAAACAAAUGUACCUGAUAUGCACUGGGAUUGGACUGCUAUGACAUUAAAUCCAUAUUAUGAGGGUAAUUCAGUAUCUACUAUGAUUGAUGAUGAUCGAUUUAUAAGACACACAUUGGAUUAUUGGUAUUUUGGAGAAGAUAACACUGGAAAUAUCAUGACGCUAAACAAUUUCACUGGAUUAAUAAAACACUCUGUGCCACAUAAAGAUAUAUUUCUGGUUACUGCUGAUGGCAGUGUUGACUGUGCGGAUGUACCAGCAGAACAGGAAAGUGUUCUAACGCAUUUGCACUUCUGUGAAACUUUAGCCGCACUACACUUAUUAGCGGCUGGAGGCAGCUUUUUGUUGAAAAUUUUUACUAUGUUUGAGUGUAAUACAAUAUGUUUACUUUAUCUAUUGGCUUGUUGUUUUACUAAUGUUAGUAUAACAAAGCCAGCAACAAGCAAAGAAGGAAACUCAGAAGUGUACGUUGUAUGCACAAACUUUAAAAGACCAGUCAAUAUCACAUCUUAUUUAGAGAAGCUUAAAGAAUAUUACGAAUGUGAUCCUAAAACUGCAAUCUUCAAUGAGAGUGAUAUUCCACGUUACUUCAUAGAAAAAAUUAUAAAUUGUAGUAAUUUUUUCAAAACUCAUCAGUGUUCAGUUAUACAAAAUAACAUUGAUACAUUUAACAAUUAUAAUUAUGACGCAUUCCUAAGUAUGAGGCAAAUCCAACGUUCAGUUGCUGAUAAAUAUAUAAAAGAUUACAAAAUAAGAAAGUUGGGGAAGGACGAAGAGAUUAUUGGGAAUGCAAUCAUGUCACUAAAACCUGCCAACUUUAAUCCGUGUAAAGUAUCAAUGCAAGGAUCUUAUAAUGAACGUUGUGAAAAACAACAUUUGGCAUAUUUCGAUCGAAUGGAAAGCUUUUAUAAAGAUAUUGAAAAAGUUGAAAUAUAUCUUUCACAUAAUGACAUUAAGAAAGUAAGCUAUCUGUUUGAGAAAUAA